UAAAAAAGAGCAAUCGAUUGCCGUUUGUUAUUAUUUUUCAAAAAUUGGUAGUCUUCGAAGCUUUCGAAAGCUCACGGUGUCAAUUUCCGCGCGCUAACCUCAAAAUGUCUGAAGUCGAUCAGCAUCAGAAAGUGUCGGAAAUCAAGAGUAAAAGUGAUUUGGAGGACUUCCUGGAUGGCUGGGAUAACUCAGAAAACACCGUCUUCUUCUCCAACAUCCCUAAAAACUGUCUCAAUAAUCCCUGCGUCCUGGGAAUCGAUGAGGCAGGAAGAGGACCUGUGCUUGGUAAGCAGUUUCACACCUCCGUUCUGUCCAGAUUCACAUGUCUUUCCCUCCCAGGUCCUCUGGUCUACGGGAUUAGCUUCUGCUCCAUGACCAACACUGAUGUGCUCAAGGAUCUGGGCUGUGCGGAUUCAAAACAACUCACGGAGGAGAAGCGAGAUGCUAUAUUUUAUAACAUCAACUCCCAGACGACAGCUCUUGAGGACAUGGGCUGGGCAGUGGAGAUCAUCAGUCCGCACUACAUCAGCAAUUGCAUGCUUAGGCGCUCCAAGCACUCCUUGAACGAGGUAUCGAUGGAGUCUGCGAUUGGGCUGAUAAAGCGCGCUAUCGCGCUGAAUGUCAACAUUGCUGAGAUCUACGUUGACACUGUGGGUCCGCCGGAGACUUACCAGGCCCGGCUGUCGCGCCUCUUUCCCAACAUCGCCAUCACGGUUGCCAAGAAGGCGGACGCCACGUACCCGAUCGUCUCUGCGGCCAGUAUUUGCGCCAAAGUCGUCCGAGACGCCGCUCUCCGGACGUGGAAGUUUCACGAAGACGCGCCGGUGAAUCCCUUCGGCAGCGGCUACCCCGGAGAUCCCCUCACGAAGGCCUUUCUGGAGGACAACGUCGACGCAGUGUUCGGCUACCCGAGAAUUGUGCGCUUCAGCUGGGCCACAGCUGAGCAGGCGCUGGAGAAAACCGCUCAGAAAAUCACAUUCCAGGAUGACAACGAAGACGUCGGACAAAAGUACUCAGGCCCCCAGAUCACCAGCUUCUUCAAGACCAGCGAGAAGACGCGCAACCGCUGCGCCUUCUUCCGCCAACGUCACUUGCAGAGCGUCCAGGACUUCUGAGUGU